UAAUAGUUAGCAUCCGCAGGCUAACUUUUUCUUUAUUUGGAUUCUCUGUUUAACCCAGUUGAAGUAGCCAGAUCUAACUCGGCACUUCAGAGCAUUUGACGCAAAUGUAAGUUUUUAAUAACUUCAAAGAAAGCCUCGACCAUGAAUGGGAGUACGAAUCCGCUGCUGGAUAAAGAGGAGCAUGUUUUGAAGCUCGGAGAAAGCUUCGAGAAGAGGCCAAAAUCUUCUUUUCACACCAUCAGAUAUGACUUCAAACCAGCAUCUAUUGACACUAGUUGUGAAGGAGAGCUGCAAGUCGGGAAAGGAGAUGAAGUUACCAUUACACUACCUCACAUUCCAGGCUCCACGCCUCCUAUGACAGUAUUUAAGGGAAACAAGCGACCAUAUCAGAAGGACUGUGUUCUCAUCAUUAACCAUGAUACGGGUGAAUUCGUCCUGGAGAAGCUCAGCAGCAGCAUCCAGGUGAAGAAAACAAGGGCAGAGGGGAGCAGUAAGAUCCAGGCCCGAAUUGAGCAGCAGUCAGUUCGCUCCAGCCAGCCUAGCUCUCAGUUCCGGGCCCCAACCAAACCUGGAACUGGGAUCAAAACCUCGCCCUCCCAAACUAAGGACAACCCCUCUCCUGAGCCGCAGCUCGAUGACAUCAAGAGAGAGCUGAGAGCGGAGGUGGAGGUUAUAGAGCAGAUGAGCAGCAGCGGCAGCAGCAGCUCCUCAGACUCAGCCAGCGCCUCGGGGAGCGGUGACGACAGCAGCAGCAGUGACGGCGAGACCGACGCACCGCGGCCGCUCAGCCAGACCUCCCCCAGCCGCCUCCCUGUGGUCAACGGAGGAGUCGACCGGCAGCAGGGCAACAACCAGCUCAUGAACACACUCCGAAACGAUCUUCAGCUCAGCGAGUCGGGCAGCGACAGCGACGACGACUGAACUCUCUGGGUCAGCCUCUCCUCCUUCACACUCCUCCUCAUCUUCCUCUUUUCUUCUUGAUUCAUUUGUUUCUUUGCUGUGAUAUCUGACUCCAUCUUUAUGUUGUAGCAUGACUGUAUUUUAAAAGUUUUAUUUUAGUAUUUCCUUAAAGAUGGCCACCCAGACACAUUAGGAGUUUAUUUUUAUUAGAUGUAUAUUUUGUUUGGAAGAGUUUUACCUUAGAGUGAUGGAAGAUUAUAUAUAGAGCAUUCAUGCAUAUUUUAAGUACUAAAAGAAGCUAGUUUUAUCAGCCGAAUACUUCUAUUUUUAUUAUUAAGUUUUGUUUUUAUAUUAAAAUUAACAAGAUAAAGGUUUCAGUCGGAACCACCCACUUGUUCCUCCCCGUAUGUCAGACAAAGCUGUGGACAUCCUCUCUUUAUGUUAUUGUUAUUAGCACUUCUUAGUUAAUAACACAAAUCAAACUUGCAUUCAUAUGCAUUCUUUCUUUAAAUACUAAAAGAUUAACUGCAAAAAGUGUAUAAACAACCUUUCAGUUAUUUCACAUUUGAUUCUUUGGUGGCUAUUUGGCACUACAAAAAACAAGAGAAAGUGAAUUUUACCUGCCCUAUUUUUCAAAAAGAGAUUCUAAUGAUUUUCAUUAAUUAUAUAGAAAAUGAGGAUAUUUAUAAUUGGUAUAAAAGCUGCUCAUACUAGUUCCUUAUUAUAAUUGAUGAAUAACAUCUUGGAUGAUGUUCUUUUCUCCCACCACAAGAUGGCAGAUAAGAUUCAAUAUUAAAACAGAAACCUAGUCAAUGAAAGACAUUCAUUGAGUAGGUUUAUUUGUAAUACCAAAAAAAUGGGUUCUUCCAAACUUGGUUUGGUUUCUCUGGAAGAUAAUGUUGUGAUUUGUUUGUGUUGGACCUUCGUUUACCCUAACUGUUACUCAUUGUGUUCAUCUUUCUCUGAAAUAGCAACAGAUGUAGAUUAGAAAAUGAAUAAAGUCAACCAUUGUGUAUUUAAAACUGGAUAACCAAAAAAAAAAAAAAAAAAUCAAAGAGAAAAAGGUUACCAGUUUAGUCGCAGCUCUUUUGUUGAUUGCAGAGAGUGUUACUAUCUGAGAGCUGUGUGUACUGUGUCUGCCCUUCAGCUUAGACACAUGUCAUUUUCUCAUUAAUGUUUGAUUUUUAUAUGUCAUUUUUGGUCUUAAUGUCAGGUACUUGAAGCAUCAUCUCUGUGUUUCAGAGAUUUCACAUUAUUAUUCAGCCGUCCCGAGCCAAUCAUUGAGGCAGUUAUUUAAAACUAUAUAAAGGCUCUACAUUAUAGGACACUUGGAACCAAAAAACGCUUAUAGGAUAACUUUUAUUUGUUUCAGACAUGUGUUGUUUGUUUGACCCAGAAAUAUACCAGGCCACAGGACCUUUAAAUGCUUUACAGAAUUUUAGUUUAGUAACAAAAGUAAAUGUGUUAUACUCCGAAAAUGCCAAAGAAUAGAACUCACCUAGAGAAAGACAUUCAGGAUUGUUGAUUGUGUUCAGUUUACAGUUUUACAGUCUUUCUGUGCAAACAGUAUAAUUGGUUACUUUGUUGUUUUUUUUAACUUAACUGCAAACAUUUUUGUGUUUGGUAUUAUUAUUUAGAGUUACUAAUAAAGAAGAGUCUCAGUAUUAAAAUAACUAGGCCUAAACAUAAAAUAGUUUUUGUAAAAGAUGUCAUAGAGAAAAAAAACUUUUUUAUUAUUACAGAGUGACUCAUAAUUACAUUUGGGAAUUUGUAGAAAGUUUUAGAUCACAUUUAAAAUUACUUUACAUACAAAAUAGACUGUUUUACACUAAUUGGAGUACUAAAUAAUCUCUUACUUACAAAAACUGACUUUUUUCUUUUCUUGUGAAAAUGAAUGCUCCAUUACUCCAGUUCUGACCUGUAUUAUUGCGAGCAAAACUGCAUCCAGACAUACACUCCCGGUCUGUUGGUCCCAAACUUAAAGUAACCAGCAGACUAGAGACGUACAGCUAACAGAAAUUUGAGUGAAUAUACUUUUACAUCAUUAAGGUUCAUAAUGUCAGAUUUCAUCACUCUCUUUUUUUUUUUACUCUUUCAUGCUUCAAUUUAUCUACAUCAGUUGCAGAAUCAUUACAAAUGGAUGCUGUAGCAGUAAAUAACAAUAAAUUGGGAUCUUCCCUUUUAUUUAAAAGAAGCUGGAAGGUGUGUUUUGCUAGAGGUGAUCACAAAUUUCAUAAUAAUCAUAAAUAUGUUGAGCUCAUUCUAGUUGUGAGCUGGAAAAUGAGAGGCGUAGUUAUUUAUUUUGGUGCUCAGUACUAUACGCAAUACAAGCUUAUAACUAUAUGUUUCUCUCCAUUUUGUGGAUGAAAACACAAAAGGAACAUGUUUACAGCUCUAUGCCGAAUAUAGACUGGAAAUAAUGACUUCCAGCUUAAAUGGACAUUCUUCCGUUUUCCACCACGGACUUAAAAAAUCCAACUUUGGAGUGCAAAGAGAAUGCAAAUAACCUAGCUCGCUAAAUUAACUAAACAAACUAGAUUGUCAACUUUCUAAUAUCCAAGGAAAUGUUAGUGUUGCUUAGUUUAUUUUUAGGCAUCUGGUAAAUGCGUAAGACUCAAUUGUUGAUUUACUCCAAAAAGAAACUAACAUAUUUUUUCUUGUUGUUUCCCUUCGAAACUGUAAAAGUCUUGCAAAAGUGUGCAGUUGUUUUACUUACUGUGUUGUAUUUGUUAUUUUAGUUUUGUGUCUUAGAAAUGUAUUUAUGUGAAAUUUGGAUUGUAUUAAGUUUGCAAAUUUCAGUAAAAUAGUUUCCCACAUU